UCUCUCGCCGGGAAGCGGCUGGAGCGGAGCGGGAGCGGAGCCCCUGCGCAUCCCCCCUCCCUCCCUCCCUGCCCGCCUCCGCCCCCGCGGCGGCACGGCACGGGACAGCCCGGCACAGGCGAGCGCACGGACGGACGGACGCGCCGGCAGGGACGAGGGGAGCCAGCGGGGGCACCUGGCACCGCUCCGCGGUGGGAACCUGAACCUGCCCAGCAGCGCCGGAGCCAGCGGAGAGAGCCGCUCUUUCCUCCUCCUCCUCCUCCUCCCUCCCCAAUCCACCCCCGCGACCCUGGUCCUCCUCCUCCUCCUCCUCCUCCUCACCCCACUGGAUACAGCGAGGGAGACACUGCGGCGGAGGCGGCGGCGGCGGCGGCUCCUGCGGGGGGAAGGAAGCGCCCGGAGAGCGGAGCGGCGGGAGGCUGCGGAUCUGCGUGCCUGGCGCCCACCCAGCCCGAGGGGAGCCCCCAGGAUGCGGCUGAAGCCCGGCGCGCUCCUGCGCUUCUACAGCCUCUGCGGGAUCCUCGUACAAGUGGCUGCUACAAAGAACAAAGCUAGAGGCAGCCAAGGGCAGUUCCCACUGACACAGAACGUCACAGUUGUUGAAGGAGGAACAGCAAAUUUGACCUGCAGGGUUGAUCAAAAUGAUAACACCUCCCUCCAGUGGUCAAAUCCAGCUCAACAGACACUAUACUUCGAUGACAAGAAAGCCCUGAGGGACAACAGAAUCGAGCUGGUGCGAGCGUCGUGGCACGAGCUGAGCAUCAGCGUCAGCGACGUGUCGCUGUCGGACGAAGGGCAGUACACCUGCUCCUUGUUCACCAUGCCUGUCAAAACUUCCAAGGCUUUCCUCACCGUCCUCGGUGUUCCUGAGAAGCCACAAAUUACUGGAUUUACCUCACCAGUUAUGGAGGGAGAGAGGAUGCAGCUCACUUGCAAGACAUCUGGUAGCAAGCCAGCAGCUGAUAUCAGAUGGUUCAAGAAUGACAAAGAAGUUAAAGAUGUUAAAUACUUAAAAGAAGAAGAUGCAGUUCGUAAAACAUUCACAGUCAGCAGCACGCUGGAUUUCCUAGCAGACCGCAGUGAUGAUGGUGCAGUUGUAAGUUGCAGAGUAGAUCAUGAGUCCCUAAACUCCACACCUCAGAUAGCAAUGCAGGUUCUAGAAAUACACUAUACACCUUUAGUUAAAAUCAUUUCUUCCAAUUCAUGGCCUGAAGAAGGACAAUCUAUAAUUUUGACUUGUGAAUCCAAAGGAAAACCAGUGCCAGAACCAGUACUGUGGACAAAGGAUGGUGGAGAACUACCAGAUCCAGAGAGAAUGGUUGUCAAUGGCAGGGUUCUAAGCAUCAGCUUCCUAAACAAAACAGACAAUGGCACGUACCGGUGUGAAGCAAAAAAUCCUAUUGGCAGAAACAGCACAGAAUAUGUCCUGAUAGUACAUGAUGUUUUCAACACUUUGCUUCCCACUACUGUCAUCCCCUCCCUUACCACUGCAACAGUCACAACCAAUGUAGCCUUAAAAGCCAGCACAACCACAUCUGCAACAGCCACCAGCAUCAGAGAUCCAAAUGCUUUGGCUGGACAGACUGGACCUGACCACGCUCUUAUAGGAGGAAUAGUGGCUGUAGUUGUCUUUGUAACACUAUGUUCUAUAAUUCUCCUUGGUCGAUACCUGGCAAGACAUAAAGGAACAUAUUUAACAAAUGAAGCAAAAGGAGCUGAAGAUGCACCUGAUGCUGACACAGCCAUUAUCAAUGCAGAAGGCAGCCAAGUCAAUGCAGAGGAGAAAAAAGAGUAUUUCAUUUAGAUGCAGAGCUAGAAUCGUGGAGUUUUUCUUAUCAGGCUGACUGCUGGAGAAAACUGGCUAUCAUUUCUCAGAAUUCAUUUCUGCCAUCUUCUGCUGUCUUUAUUAACUCACAUUCCUGCUAUAAGUAGCCAGUUUACACCAACAACCAGCUGUUGACAUCAUCAUUCUGUAAUUACAGUGUCAUGCAUAAAACAGGACAUUUCUUAUUGCCUAAAAACCAUAUCCACUGCUCUCUUAACAUACAGUGCUUGAAUAUACAGCCUUAACAAUGUUAAUCAUCAUCUUAAUCCAAGUUUUCUACAUAUUUAAGUCUUAUGCAGCUUUCUUUUCCAGUUUUCUUUUAUCAUGUCCCUAUUAGUAUGUCAUAGAACAAAAUUCAUAACAAGUACUAUUAGGUAAGGUCCUAAUUUACUUACAGCAAAUGUUAAGUCUAAGAUUAGAAGUUUACAAAGAAUAUUUUAUACCUGUCUAUCUAUAAUUCAAAAAGCAAAUUGUUUUUGAAACAUAUGCCCUUGGAAACACAUAUUGAAAUUUGUUUAGUGUAGUUUCCUGUAUGUUUGGAUUUGGUGGGAAAAAAAGACGAGUCCAGUGAAUUUCUUGUUUUGUUUUCCUUUGUUUUGUUAUGAUUUAAAUGGUACCUUGACAGCAGUGCCAUGUUUCAGUGGUGAAAACAUGCUGAAUAGCUAUACAGAUUCUGUAAAUUUAGGUAAUAGAGCUUCUUUUGAAAGAGUUUUCCUGCCCUUUUACUGGCUUUUGGGAUCACAAAGAUUAGAGAACUUUCUGAGUAAUUUAUGUUUUUAUAAUUUAUUUGCUAAAUGUGAAUUCACCUGCCUACUCAAAUUUGAUGUGUUCAUGGGGCACAAUUGCAAGGCAUUUUAGUGUCUGUAUAUAGUGCAUAUAAUAAAUUCAAUUAAACAUUACUUGAUACAUAUUCAACUUUUUUGGCAGUAGCUAAGUCAGUCACAAGUAAGCAUUUUCUAAUGUCCAUUAUAUCCCUUUAGAUAUGACUCAAAAUGAAUAUUCUGAGUAGAUAACAUGUGUUAGUACUUUUUUGUCUGUAUGUCCUAGCACUGUUCAGCAGCAAACUUUUCUAGUUCUUGUUAAUUUUUUCUUUGUUAUACAAUGGAAGCACAAUGUUAUAUGGAAAGGUAGUUUUAAGCUAACAACCAGUGCACAGCCUCAGGUUUUAAAUUACAACCACAUUUGAUUAUUAUCCUUAAAAAGUACUAUUGAGUUGCUAAAAUUCUCAAUUUUUAAUUUGGCAGUCCAGAGCUGCUUCUCUAUGUUGGUUUGCCAAAAAAAAAAAAAAAAAAUUAAAAAAAAAAAAAAAAAAAAAAGGAAAAAAAGGAAAAAAAGAAAAAGAAAAAAUAGAAGUGUUAAAACAAAAGAUAUAUGUUUUGUGUAUACAGUAAAUGGACUAAUUCUUUAUAUUAAAUUCCUGUCUAUGCAUUUUGUGAGGUACAAACUUAUGUCACCGUGAAUGAUAGAGAAUUCCUGCCAUGCUUUUAGCUCCACAGUGAAGGUCUCUGUUUGGAUUAUUUCUGAAAUUUUUUUGUGUAAUUGACAGCUGAAAAAUCACAUGCUCUUAAAUAUGACAACAAAACACUGUAAGCCCAUUGGCUUAUUUCCUCUUCCAAUGAAAAGAAAAGGUUGCCAUAAGAGGUCUUGGAAAUGAUUCUACACUGGAGAAUGCAAGUUAGUCUAGUUGGAGCUCGCUUUGCUCCUGUGUUUUGCACCUUUGACAAAAGAAGUAUUUCUCUCUGGUUGAUGUCUUUGUGAAGCAUAAAAGCAUGAUGGUCUGCUGUAAAGGACUUUCUCCUGGGAUUUUAUUUUUGUGUGGGGAAGGGAGAAUUUGGAAUAUGACAUCAUGUGGUAUGGUAAAAUGGAAGAUAAAGGUGCUGUGACAGAUUAUUUAUCAGAAGAAUAUAAACCUUUUAAGGACAAUAUUAGAGUAUUUUAAUUGUUUUUGUUGAAGCAUUUAUCUUGUUCAUUUCUAAGAAAAAAGGGUGACGUCAAUCAAAGCAGCACUUUUUUUCAAAAUAUACAGACAUAAAUAAUAUGAUGUGGUUGAGUGUUAACAUAAUAAAUCAUAUACAGUAUGACAUUUUAAAGAAAUAA